UCCCGCGUCCCUCCCCGAGCCAUUGGGAUGACUUGGGCAGCCCCCAAAGGUCCUUUUAACAGCCCCCAAAGUGAGGCGACAGGAGGGUAAGGAAGGGUGAGGACUGGAGUGCGGGAUUUGAGGGGCAGGGACAGACGGCGUUGGGAGAGCUUUUUCCAGAAACUAUCCGGAACCCAUCUCGGUUUCUGAGACCGCCCCAAAGGAUUUCUUAGAGAAGGCACCCCAGCAAUCGGUUUUCUAGUCUACUUUGCUCUUCCUCUCCCGGUGCUGAGAUUCACGUACCGCGUGCUCUGAAGGCGGCCACACACCCCAGCAACCAGCCUCGGGGCCUCGCUGCCGCCCGCCCUCCCGCGGAGGGGAGCGGCCCUACCCCCGCUUUCUGGGGCGUCAGUCCUAAGAGGGCGCCUACGUGCAGUGCGCCUGGACCCUCUCGUGACGCUCCCUGUAGAGUGGGGUGAAAGUCUGGGGAGAAUCGCCCUGCCACUGGCAAGAACAGAAUUUCCCGUUGCCUUCGUCUGCAUCUCCUUUUUUAAGGUCUUGAUUUCCCCCGUGCACCCCCGAGUCGGCUGCAGCACCGGCCCUUGGAGCUUGAAGAGCCCCGAACUGCCUCGCGCUCUGGUCGAUGCCCAGGGAGUGGGUUCCACCUUGCCAGAGACGAUUUUAAACUGCUACCCGCAAUUCACACGACAUCCGACACCGGCAGCCCAGCCCACGCAGUGCCCGCCAGAGGCGAAACAGGGUCUCCUCUGUGUUUGUGUGCAGUGGGUGGAGAUCAGCUUCCUGACCGUGACCUGUCUCUGGUGGAGUAAGAAGAAUCAAGCCAAGAGGGUUGGUUCAUGGUUGCCCGACAUCCCACCACCCUCUUCCAGCUAAUCAAAAGAUUAUGUCUACUUUGAGAAUUCCUCCAGCAACCCAUACCUAAUCAGAAGGAUAGAAGAACUCAACAAGACUGCAACUGGCAACGUGGAAGCAAAAGUAGUGUGCUUUUAUAGACGACGAGAUAUUUCCAACACACUUAUAAUGCUUGCAGACAAGCAUGCUAAAGAAAUUGAGGAAGAAUCUGAAACAACAGUUGAGGCUGACUUGACUGAUAAACAGAAACAUCAGUUGAAACACAGGGAACUCUUUUUAUCACGCCAGUAUGAAUCUCUGCCUGCAACACAUAUCAGGGGAAAAUGCAGUGUUGCCCUUCUGAAUGAGACAGAGUCAGUAUUGUCAUAUCUUGAUAAAGAGGAUACCUUUUUCUAUUCAUUGGUCUAUGACCCUUCGGUGAAAACACUAUUAGCUGACAAAGGUGAAAUUAGAGUGGGACCUAGAUAUCAAGCAGACAUUCCAGAAAUGCUCUUAGAAGGAGAAUCAGAUGAGAGGGAACAGUCAAAAUUGGAAGUUAAAGUUUGGGACCCAGAUAGCCCACUUACAGAUCGACAGAUUGACCAGUUUUUAGUUGUAGCACGGGCUGUUGGAACAUUUGCUCGAGCCCUUGAUUGCAGCAGUUCUGUAAGGCAGCCUAGUUUGCACAUGAGCGCAGCUGCAGCUUCUCGAGACAUCACCCUGUUUCAUGCUAUGGAUACGUUGUAUAGACACAGCUAUGAUUUGAGCAGUGCGAUUAGUGUCUUAGUACCACUUGGAGGACCUGUUUUAUGCAGAGAUGAAAUGGAAGAAUGGUCGGCCUCUGAAGCUAGUUUAUUUGAAGAGGCACUGGAAAAGUAUGGCAAAGACUUCAAUGACAUACGUCAAGACUUUCUCCCUUGGAAAUCAUUGACUAGCAUCAUUGAAUAUUAUUACAUGUGGAAAACUACUGACAGAUAUGUGCAGCAGAAACGUCUAAAAGCAGCAGAAGCUGAAAGUAAACUGAAACAAGUUUAUAUCCCGACUUACAGCAAACCAAAUCCCAACCAAAUAUCCACCAGCAAUGGCAAACCUGGUGCUGUGAAUGGAGCUGUGGGGACCACAUUCCAGCCACAGAAUCCUCUCUUAGGGCGAGCCUGUGAGAGCUGCUAUGCUACACAGUCUCAUCAGUGGUAUUCUUGGGGCCCACCUAACAUGCAAUGUAGAUUGUGUGCAACCUGUUGGCUCUAUUGGAAAAAAUAUGGAGGCCUGAAGAUGCCCACCCAGUCAGAGGAGGAGAAGUUAUCUCCCAGCCCAGCUGCAGAGGACCCCCGUGUUAGAAGUCACAUGUCUCGCCAGGCCAUGCAGGGGAUGCCGGUCCGAAAUACUGGGAGCCCGAAGUCUGCGGUGAAGACCCGCCAAGCUUUCUUCCUUCACACUACAUAUUUCACAAAAUUUGCUCGUCAGGUCUGCAAAAAUACCCUCCGGCUGCGGCAGGCAGCAAGACGGCCGUUUGUUCCUAUUAAUUAUGCUGCCAUUAGGGCAGAAUAUGCAGACAGACAUGCCGAACUAUCUGGAAGUCCACUGAAAAGCAAAAGCACUAGGAAACCUUUGGCAUGUAUCAUUGGGUAUUUAGAAAUCCAUCCUUCGAAGAAACCUAACGUAAUUCGAUCUACACCAAGCCUGCAAACCCCAACUACCAAGCGGAUGCUAACCACCCCGAAUCACACGUCUCUGAGCAUUUUGGGGAAAAGAAACUACAGUCAUCACAAUGGCCUGGAUGAACUCACAUGCUGCGUGUCAGACUGAGCUCUUCUGUUUCAUCCUACAAUCCAAGACUUGCUACACUGUCCUGCUGAUGUUCACAGCCGUGCCUGGGAAAGAGGCAGCCCCAUUCCCAGUACAUUUCAGGGAGACCUCCGCGUGCGCCCCAUGGAGCCUCGAUGGGGCAGGGCAAGGAACUGUAGGAGUGCACAUUCCCAAAGCCAUGUCCCAUGUGUGAAUCAGUGUCACUUCGCUUUCCUCUCAGAGACCUCGCUCUCCAGAGCGGGACCUGCCUGAGAACUGAGGUGAUGAGGGAGCCACUUCACCUCCUCCCUUCUUCCACACUCCGCUCCCGGGCACAGCAGCUCCUCGGGACAGUGGGGCUGCUGCCCUGCAUGUGUCAGCUCCGCUCUGUUGGAAGCUGUAUGAGUGUGUCCAGCAGGGACAUGGCAUCUUCCUGAAUGGUUUUUCUUAAGAAAUGUGCCAGUGUUUAUGCAGUUCAUGAUAUUUCCCCCCGUCCUUGCUGUUAUUGUCACUUAGCUUUUUCUCAAUAGGCUUCACACUUAUAUUUUUUAAUGGGGAAAUUUUGCUCUUCACCCCCUGCAUUCCAUUUGACUCCCCCCUCCCCCUCCAAGGUACAGAAGUACCUGAGGUUCUGAGAAAAGAUGACAAAAUCGUCUUUAGUAAGCCUGUGAGCUCUUCGUAUCAUCUGUAUUUUGUCAUUGAAGAGAGGCUGGUGUUCUACUUGGUUCUGCUUGGUCCCAGACAGCUCCAGCAAGAACGAUUCUUAAAACGGAGCUGAUCGAGUGUGUCACUGUGACAAGCCAUUUGCAUACUGUCCUGUUCCCUUACAGCCAGAUCAGUGGAUGAGGAGCUGCAGCCAGGUUGGCCCUUCAAUGAGUCACAGACCACCCAGGUUUAUUCUAAGCAGAUGGAAUCUGUUGGGCUUAGGAGGGUGAGGUGAGAGAACUGUGUUUGCUGGUGAGUCUGUGUAUACGACACCAUGAGCCCCCUCCCUCCUCUGGCCCAAACGUUUCCGUGAGCACGUGUGCCUAGGCCCCGGGAGACCCGCCUGCCACCCGGUUUCCACUGACUUGAGCUCUUCCUGUCUGCCCUCAGCACCAGCCCUUGCUGGCGUCACAGGCAGGCCGCUCUGCACUCUGUGCACACAGCUGCAGGGAUAGGAUAACUUUGUGCCCUAUUGGCCCCCUGAGCAGAUUGAGUCUAGCCACUCCCCUGCCCUCCAUGUGCAGGCACAGAAUCACAGCACCGUGAAAGACAACUGGAGUCUGGCCUCCCAGCCAUCCCCAGGGUCUGUGGCUGGGAGGCAGCUGGCUGGCUGAUAGUAGGUGCCCCAAACAGCCAGGUGGUUGCAUGACAGAGUGGCUACAAUUGAGCUGACCCCCCAGGCAGAGUGAGGUAUCACUAAAAUGACAGUGACACUCUGCAUGUCCAGAUCCUCAGAGGCUGGGUUCAGCUCAGCAAGGAGAAUGCGAUGUUUGAUGGCUGAAGGCGAUGCUCGGAGCUCGAGCUGCCUUUUCCUUUUCCAGUUUUGCAGUCAUCGUGGCUUCCCUUCUGAGGAGGAGUUGGUUCUCAUCUUAGGCUUUUGCGGGGGUGCCCUGGGGAUGUUCUCAUCACUGCCAACUCUUGGAGCUGUUCUAGGUCUUGGCUUGGGGCCUUGAGGGUGGGCCUGUGUCAGAGGUGCUCAGCGAGCCGGGUGGAGGCAGUGGAGGUGGCAGGCAUUGUCCUCAGGGUUCUCCACAGAGAAGACCCUUCAGAAAGACCCAGGGAGAGGAGGCAACUGGCUCUCCAUGUCACACGCCACGUGUUGUGUUCUUUUCUAAAGAAAGAGACACAGCAAAGCUGUCUCUCUUUGCCUGUGUCCUGGAUUUUUUGUUGCACAUGGAUGUAGAAGGUGGAAUGUUUUCUACCCUUUCAUGUUCUCCUAACCCACGUGGAACCAUGGCUGUUGAUUAGAGAAACCGUUAGCUGCCCAUGACCCUGCUGCCAGCUCCGUUCCCUCUGCCUGUUGAGAGAGGCCCUCCUCGCCCAGGCCCAGGAGAUUUGGAGACUGGGGCCAGGCCAGGUCUGAAGGAAGAGGAGGGAAGCCCACCCCAGUUCCAGUUCACAGGAAGCUUUGGGGCAAGCGCAGCUCGUUUUGAGCCACAUGUGCCCAGAAAGCUCUUCCUUCACUUUGCAGUCAGAGCUACUGUAGCCCAUCCUCCUACACGGAGGAUGUUGACGAAGAUCUGCUCUCACUUCAUCUCUGGAAAGUCCCCCAGCAUUCGGAUUGGAUGCUCCAGGAAAUGGAGGAAGGACAGCAGGGAGCCGCUAACGUUUGCCUUUGCUGUUCUGAGCAGCUGGUGCUGAGAGCCGCCUUCUUUCUGGGGCCAUGGUGUUCCUACUGUUUGUAGUGGCAUGUCACCAUUGUGCAGUGAGCUUGUGGGGUGGACAUGCAGAGUCUGUCCGCACGGCCCACAGCAGACGUGCCCAGUGGCGCUGUGCCGAGCCUGGUCUGUGCUCCCUUGGAUGAGGACACAGAAGCUCUUCAAGUUGACUUCCCUCUCCUUCUCCAUCAUCGCCCGCCUACCCCUAGCAGUGGUGCAAAAGAGGAGGACAGACUGGUUUUUUUGCACGCCUCUCACAAUUCCACCUUGCCCACAGCCCAGUUUCUAUCAGUCAGCAUCCAACCAGGAAAACAGAGGCCACUCUAAGCAUUUAAAACAGAGGGGUUUUAAUCCAGAGACUUGUUUAACACAGAAACAGAAGAACUGAGAGGUCAAACAGCGAGCGAGGGACAACCCAGAGAUGGGGAACAACAGCAAAAAGCUGCCAUCACCCGAUGCUAGUGGGACAGAGGGGAGAGUCCAUGUUACUAGAGCUGGGGACCAGGCCAUCUGGGAGGAACCUGGGACCACAGGGGGCCUGUCUGGUGGAGCUGGAGCCGCCAGGAGGCAGGAGCCCUGCCAGAAACAAUCCCCUAGGCAGAGAAGGGAGAGAAAUUGCCUGGCUUCUCCCUUCCUCGUGCCCUCCAGAUUCCUGCAGGUGCCUCUUGUUAGCUAAACCCAGCUGGAAGCCAGCUGACCUGGGAGCUGGGGGCAGGCGGCCUGCCGUGGUCAGCUCUCCACCACUCAGAGCAGAGCAGGGGAAGACGAGGAGCAGUCUGAGGGCAAGCAGGCCCAGGACGUGUCUGACCUUGGUCUGCUCUGUGUCAUGUCCAGCCUGGUGUUUAUGCCCCUUGCUGUCCUAAGACCUGGUAGAGGUAGACAGAGGAGCUGCCCCCGUGGGGUCUGGUGGACUCCCUUUCACUCUGCCUAGAGAGGAAAGUGCUUUUGGGAGGGAGGGGGAAAGCCUUUAUUCUCAAGAGUUGUCCUUGUUUUCCUUUGGGGGAAUUUACUCAUUUAGCAGCCCCACCUCACCAUUCCCCUCAGGAAAGCCAUGUCCCAGUUUACUGUGCACCCUUCCCCAUUCCUCUCGCCCCAGUUUCUGGUUUUCCCUGCCAGAGAACACUAACCCAGACCAUGCAUCAGUGGUCAUGAGUCUUUCCCCAGGAUAAUUCAUUCAGAGCGUGAUAUUACAGUGUGGACUGUCUGUCUGUCAGUAGAUGCCAUCUACUAAUCAAUUUGUAUCGUGUUUCCAAUAAAUUUCUGGAAGUU